AUGACUUUCUCUGCCGGCCACGCCCGCUGGCUGGGCCUCCUCUUCCUCUCGCUCUACGCCUCCACCAGCUCCGCCGCCAGCAUCUUGCCCUCCGCGGCCUCCUCCUCAUUCCCCCAGUGUGGUCUCUCCUGUACGAUCCUGACGCAGGCCCAGACCAGUUGCGAGUCCGGCACCCAAUCGACCUGGGUCUCCUGCUUCUGCCAGUCGUCCCUCCUCACCACCCUCAAGACCUCCGGCAGUCUAUGCUCCUCGUGCUCCUCCUCGGAUCAAUCGCUACUGUCGACCUGGUAUACCAAUUACUGCAACUCCAAUGGCCAGGAUACGGGGAGUUCGGACAGUACCUCCACCUCCACCUCCACCACCGACGCCGCCACGGCCACUACGACUUCGGCGUCCACGGCCUCGGCGACGGCCGUGAAAAGCACCAGCAACACCGCCGCCGCGGACGAAAAUAAGUCUUGGUGGAGCACCCACUAUCAAUGGGUGAUCAUGCUCAUCGUCCUCGCCAUCGGCUUCAGCGCCAUCGCCGCCGGAGGCGUCUGGCUCAAGCGUCGCUACGACGCCAAGCGCCCGGGCCUGUAUCACGGGGGAAGCGCAGCCAGUUCCGGCGUCCUGGGCGGAAACCCCAUCUCCAACUCGAAUUCGGGGGUCUUGAGUCCCCCUCCGCCGGCCUGGGCGUCCUCCCCGGGCCCUAAUCAGUCCCAGUCUCUCGCGAGUAGCUCGCGGACGGACCUUGCGACUCGGGGCAAUGCGCCUGUGCCGGGUAGUCGCACGCGUUUACCCAAGGCGGCGAAUUCAGAGGGGGAUGUUGAGAUUCGACAGGUCUCGUUGAGGCAAUGA